GGAUGAAGGUUAAACUGAAAAGCAGAUGCCUAGACCUAACCUACACUUCUCAACAACAACUCUCAUUGAAAAAUUAAAGGCUGAAAUAAUAAAAUCCCAAAAAUUGCAAUGAAUCUUACUAGGAUAUAUCCAAUUGCGUUAAGGACAGCAUUAGAGAUCAGAAAGCUGAGCAAUGUUGCCAAAUCUGUAAAUAAUUUCGAAAUACCUUCAACUUUCAUAAACAGAAAUCCAAGAAAUUUAGAGAAACUUAGGAUAGGAUAUAAACCGGACGGUUACCAUUUAGAAGCGCCUGGAAGAAUAUAUUGGCACAAGUUGGAACUUAUGGAAUCGGGAAGGUACGUUGUAGCAGUUGUGAAGCAUUUUAAAAAUGGAGAAGUCUUAAAAGCAAGUACAUCAGAGUGGCCUAUAAAAAAACGUUUAUAUAGAUAUAAUGAUGUUUCUGCUUACAUCAAUUUAGCAAAGGUUUUGGGUGACCGAUGUGUGAAAUCUGGUUUGACAGAGAUGAGUUGUUUCAUGGAAGUGAAGAAUCCAGAUGGAAAAUUAGCUAAUUUUUUGAAAUAUUUUGAAGAAAGUGGUAUUGUUCUAAAAGAGCCACCUCAAUUUAAACCAGCAAGGCCCUGGGAUCAAUUGAGACCAGAAAAACCAUGGGAUGUACUAGAAUAGAAUAUUUCGUAUGAAUAUAAAUAGUAUGACGAAAUAAAAUUGUUUAUGUUUUCAA